AUGGCUGAAGAGCUAGAGGAGAUAUUUUGUACCUUCCAGGGCUGCAGACUUAGCUUCAAGUCCGUCAGCGAGAUGCAACACCAUAAGGCAAACGCGGACAGACAUUCUUAUUGCAUGAAAUGUGACCUCGACUUCCCGUCUCAGCAGACCCUUCAUCUGCACAAGAUUAUGAGCGAUCGUCACUUUGCCUGCCCCGAAUGCUGUCUCGAGCUCCGCAGCGAGGCAGGUCUGGAAGUUCAUAUGAGAAACAAUCACCACGGAGGUCACGAAGUCGCUUGCAAGGGCUGUGGUUGCAAAUACAAGUCCGCUUCUGCAGUCAUGAAACACAUCGAAGACAAGGAAUGCCCUGUCCUUGCCCUGCCAGAGAAAGCCCAGGGCACCAACUAUGACCUUCACCCUGCAGCAAGCGUUCUGACCAUGGGCAGAGAUUCUCCUGGACCACAGUCCCCGCCCUCUGAUAACUCCAGCGAGGACACGGAUACGGAUGGCGGCGUUCUGCUGGAUCUCUCUACACCCCGUAUGGAAGGAAAGCGCCCUGCUCGCGAUACUGAUGAUGCGUACAAUCCUCAUGAUAACUGGCCCGAGCUAGGCGUUCUGGAAACCCCAGUCAAAGACAAAGCAGGAAGUACCUCCACUGAAUCGCCCGGGGGUGUCCUCCUCAAUGAUAUUUUCGGUACCUCAAUGCGCCAAGAUAAUCCUUUCCCGUCUGCCAUCGGAGCUACUGAGCAGUCGAGCGAGGCAGGACCCUCUGGAUCUACUCUGCUUGUCCAAGGAGCAGGCCCUUCUCAAUAUGUUGCUCCCACUCGUUGCCGAGCCACGGCUCACCGCAAGAUUCAAGGCGUGGACCCUGAGAGCUUCUGGAAUCACGAGAAAAGUCGCUACUACUGUAACUGUGGUUCGUCUUUCUUGUACGUUACUACCUUCGAGUACCAUCUCACGAUGGAGGAUGAAACAAUCAACGAUUGCCCUCGGUGCUUCAAACGAUUCAGGACCCUCGCCGCACUCGUCGCGCACAUGGAGGCUCGAUACUCCAAGUGUGCUUUCCGUGUGACUACUGGCCAAAUCGAACAGGAACUCAGUGAAGUUACUCGUGGAUUUGCCGAUAUCUCGCGGAUGAUCGGUGAUGAAACGGAGCCGGGUGAGAUCCCUUUCGAUGUGAGUAGCCAGCCCGAGCACAAUACUCCUGGGUCUUCGGAUGCAGACAUCGCAUCUUUGAGCGCAGAUGAUGUCUCUUCAAACGCGGUCGCCGUCUCUUCCAAUGGAGAGGCCGCAUCUUCUAACGCCGGGCCCAUCUCUUCGAGCCUAGAUGAUGUCGCGUCGAACGCAGAUAAUGUCUCUUCAAAUGUGGAGGCUGUGUCUUCCAACGUCGGGGCCAUGUCUUCCAACGCAGGGGCCAUUUCCUCGAACGCGGAGUCCCUGGUAGGUGAUUUGGAGGGACUCGUCUUUUCCGAUACGCACGACGAAUAUGAGGAGGAAGAACUUUGA